CCGGAAGUGCCGGCGGCGCUGCCGUCAUGGCGGCGCGGGCGGCGCUGGAGGUGGCGGCGGCGGCGGCGGCGCGGGACGUGGUUCUGUACGAGCACGACCGCAGCCGCUUCUUCCGCCUCGUGGGGCUCUUCUGCGCGGGGCAGGGCCUCUUCUGGGCCUACCUGGCGCACUUCGCCUUCACGGCGCUGCGCCCCGCGCCCGCUCCCGAUACCGGUACCGAUCCCGGUCCCGGUCACGACGACCCGUUGCGACCCCGCGACAACAAGUGGCGCUUUGCGUUCACGGCGUCCUGCCUCACAGUCGGCUCGCUGACGGUGGCGGCGGGCUGCGUGCUGCCGCUGCGCUCGGUGCAGCGGGUGACGCUGCUGCGGGGCGGUGCCGCCGUGGUGCUGCACACGCCGGGGCCGCUCGGGCUCGGCCGCCGCUCGCUGACGGUGCCGCUCCGGGACGUGUCCGGCCGCGCCCACCGCAGCCAGGCCGCCGCCGCCGUCCCGGUCAAGCUCCGCGGCCGCCCGUUCUUCUUCCUACUCGACACCGGCGGCAUCCGCGAGCCCCGGCUCUUCGACGUCACCGUGGGAGCCUUCCGCGGCUUCUAGCGACACCGGGAAUACCUUGAGGACACCGGGGGGACACCACGGGGACAUCAAGGACAUCGUGGGGACAAGGCCCCAACACGGGGACGCGGACCGGACACGGUGGCGGCGGUACCUCCUGACACCCGGUGUCACCCCCGGUCACCUGCGGUCACCCGGUGUCACCUCGUGUCCCCCGGUGUCCUCCCGCCCUGGGCCCAGCCCCACUCUCCCGUCACCCCCAGAAUAAAGCCUGGAACCCCCCCCGGCUCUCGGGGGGAUUUUGGGGUCACACCGGGAUCGUCCCCUUGUGUCACCCCCAACCCACAGGGACAUCCUGGGGGGGGCCACCCCCAAAACGCGGGACCCCCGUGUGGUUUGGGGGGGAUUUGGGGGUCCCCUCUGCUCUGACGAGGGGAUUUGGGGUCCCCCCUGCUCUGGGGGAGGGAUUUGGGGUCCCCCCUGCUCUGGUGGGGUGGGGGGGUUUCGGGUCCCUCCUUUUCUGGGGGGUAUUUGGGGUUUUUGGGGUCCCGCUCCCCUCCCCCGAGCUCCUUGGCAGGAAGAUGGGAUCCCAAUGGGAACAGCGGCGGGGGCGGGGCGAAUGCAAAUGAGAGAGCGUAAAUUACCAUAAUCAUGAAGAGAGGCGGGGUUAUGCUAAUCAACAGUCGGUUGGAAACGAGGCGGGGCGAAUGCAAAUAAAGCGACGGCGUCGGCCAAUCACGACGCGAGGCGGGAAAAAAAGCGAUGGGCGGGGCUUUUAAACAACACCGCAUGGCUAUUUGCAUAGAUAGGCGUGGCUAUGCACAUUUAUUGAUCCUUUACUCGCGCAGUGCAUUCUGGGAGGAUUUUUUUGGGGAGAUUUUCGGGAUUUUAGGGGUCGCAGCGUGCGGGACGAGGGAGGAAAGCGCGGAAUGGGGCGGGGAAGGCGGCCGGGAGCGGAGCAGGGCGGGCGUGGGGGAGACGCGGGGUGUCCGUGAGGUCCCGGCGGGCCGGGCGGGGCCGGUGCGGUGCCGGGCCGGGAUCCGGUAUCGCUUCUCGGCCUUUUGGCUAAGAUCAAGUGUAGUAUCUGUUCUUAUCAGUUUAAUAUCUGAUACGUCCUCGAUGAGAGGACUUCAUAUUAAACGGAUUUUUGGGCUCGGGAGUUGGACCCGGAGCUUGCUCCCUCCGCUCCGCGCAUCGUCCCGGUAUUGCAGUGCCUCCGGGAACGGUGCACC